UUUGGCAGGUUUCCUCUGCUCACCUCUCCUCCUCCUCUUCCUCCUCCUCUUCCUCCUUUUUCUUCUCUCCACCCUCCUGCCUCGCAGGCAAGCUCAGGCUCACCGCCAGACCAAAUCCUGCAGAGCUGACUCCAGGUCAGCGUCCAAGCUCUUUAGCCCACAAGCCCCCGCUCUGUUCUGGGGAGCUUUCCUGAAUAGAAGGCACCAUGGUUGAAUCGAUGGUCUACGAGAAGCAGGAGCAGCGUCACUGCCUUCAAGGGAAGCACGUGGCCAUCAUCUGCGGGACUGUGGUAGCUUGUUCUUUGGUUUUGGGACUGGGGUUAGGCCUAGGCCUCAGGAGCCCCCCCUGCUCCACACUAGCCCCAACCACAACCAAACCAGCUCCAACAACAGCAACCAUUGAGCCCCCUCCAUCUGGGCGGGGGCCGUGUCUGCCUUCAUCUGACUCCAGUGGGGACUGGAAGAACUUCCGCUUGCCGGACUACAUAAAGCCGGUCCACUAUGACCUGCACCUGGAGCCAGACCUGGACAAGGACACCUACACAGGAACUGUGCACAUCCAGGUGGAGGUGAGCAGCCCCACCCGACACCUGUGGCUGCACAUCAGGGAGACGUUUGUCAGCUCCAUGCCCACUCUGAAGAGGCUGACCAUUGAGGGGGGGCAGCAGGAGGUGGCUGUGAAGAGCUGCUUCGAGUACAAACCUGAACAAUAUGUGGUGGUGGAGGCAGCGGAGGAGCUGGCCCCCACCACGCCGGGACAGCCGUACCUGCUCAGUCUGGACUUCCAGGGCUGGCUCAACGGCUCUGUGGUGGGGUUCUACAGGGUGAUCUACACCGAGGAGGGGGUCACCAAGAAGAUCGCUGCAACGGAUCAUGAACCAACAGAUGCUCGAAAGUCUUUCCCCUGCUUUGAUGAACCCAACAAGAAAGCCACCUACAACAUCUCCAUCACUCACCACAAAGACUACAGAGCUCUGUCCAACAUGCCUCAGGAGGGUCAGCCAGAAGUUCUGCCCGGCAACAAACUGAAGACUUCUUUUCAGAAGUCCGUCCCCAUGAGCACCUACUUGGUCUGCUUCGCUGUGCACCAGUUUGAAUUUGUGGAAAAAAUCUCCAAGAGAGGAAUUCCUCUGAGGAUCUAUGCGCAGCCGAGCCAGUUAGGAACCGCAGAGUUCGCCGCAAACACCACCAAGGUCAUCUUUGACUACUUUGAGGAGUACUUCGACAUGUUCUACUCCAUCUCCAAACUGGAUCAGAUUGCCAUUCCGGACUUUGGGACUGGUGCCAUGGAGAACUGGGGUCUGGUCACCUACAGGGAGACCAACCUGCUGUAUGACGACAGAGAGUCCUCAUCCUCCAACAAGCAGCGAGUGGCCAGCGUCAUUGCCCAUGAAUUGGUCCACCAGUGGUUUGGGAACAUCGUCACCAUGGACUGGUGGGACGACCUCUGGCUGAAUGAGGGCUUUGCCAGUUUCUUCGAGUACAUUGGUGUGGAAAAAGCGGAGCCGUCCUGGGGCAUGAGAGACAUCAUGAUCAUCAGCGACGUGCUUCCUGUCAUGGUGAACGACGCCCUCCUCUCCUCUCACCCCAUCAUUGUGGAUGUGUCCACCCCAGCAGAAAUCACAUCUGUGUUUGACGCCAUCUCAUACAGCAAGGGAGCUUCGGUUCUCAGGAUGCUGGAGGACUGGAUGGGCAGAGAUGCGUUCAGGGACGGCUGUCGGAAAUACCUGAAAGACUUCUACUUCAAGAACGCAAAAACCGCAGAUUUCUGGGCCUCUCUUGCUGAAGUUAGCGGGCUGCCAAUCGCAGACGUCAUGGACACAUGGACAAAACAGAUGGGUUAUCCUGUGCUUCAUCUUUCUGUCUCGGACACAAACUCCAAACUAAGCCAAAGGCGUUUCCUUCUGGACCCCAACGCUGAUGCCAGCCAGCCACCUUCACCUUUUGGAUACACCUGGACAAUCCCUGUCAAAUGGCACUCUACACAAAGCAACAAGAACGUUUCUGUCAUGUUUGACAAGAACAGCAAAGAGCUCAUUCUUAUGAAUUACUCACCUUCAACUGACGGCCUGCUUAAGGUUAACGAUGACCACAUGGGGUUCUACAGAGUCAACCAUGAUGACCACAUGUGGACCGACAUAAGCCAGCAGCUGAUCACUGACUUCUCGGAGUUUGAUGCAGCUGAUCGUGCAAGUUUCAUUGAUGAUGUUUUUUCUCUUGCAAGGGCGGACGUUGUUGAUUAUGGUAAUGCCUUUAAUCUAACAUUGUAUCUGCAAAAUGAGGCUGACUACAUCGUGUGGAGCCGUGUUUCCUCCUCUAUCGCCUACGUUCGCGACAUGCUGUCCUUUGAUAACGAUCUCUACGCAAAGUUUCAGAAACUUUUCAGAGAACACGUUAAAACAAUCGCAGCGAAGCUUGGAUGGACGGAUGAGGGACCACAGACGGAGAAGCUGCUGAGGGAGACAGUGCUCAGCAUCGCGUGUCAGAUGGGAGACCAGGAUGCUCUGAAUGAAGCCUCCAACCUUUUUGACCAGUGGAUUGGUGGCGAUCUAAGCAGUGUGGCGGUGAACCUGCGGCUGCUGGUUUAUCGGUAUGGCAUGAAGAACGCCGGCACUCCAGAGAAAUGGAACAAAAUGUUUCAAAAGUACAAAGACACAACCCUGGCUCAGGAGAAGGACAAGCUGCUGUAUGGACUGGCAUCAGUGGAGAACGUGGACCUUCUCUACCAGCUCCUAGAGGCGACGAAGGACGAGGCCGUGGUGAGGAGUCAGGAUCUGUUCACUGUGGUGCGGUACGUGUCCUACAACCCACUGGGGGAGAGCAUGGCCUGGGACUGGACCACCUUAAACUGGGACUACCUGGUAAAGAGGUACACCAUCAAUGACAGGAACCUGGGCCGCUUGCUGCAGCAGAUCUCCUCCACAUACAACAGCAAGCUGCAGCUGUGGAAGAUGGAGCACUUCUUUAAUCUGACCCCAGACGCAGGAGCGGGGCAGAUGCCCCGCCAGCAGGCGCUGGAGACAGUGAGGAACAACAUCGAAUGGCUCAACAGGAACCGAGAGGAGAUCGCCUCCUGGUUGCAAAAGAACGUCAUGUGAAGACAGAAGAAACUGAAUGUUCUGGAGCUUCAUGUUCUUGUCUAAAAAUUAUUUAUUCUUCCAUGUUUUUUUGAGGCUUCUUCGCGUUUUGAUCAAAGGAAAGAAAUAAAAUCUGAAGAGGCACACAAUGUUUUUCAGUGCAGAAUUAAAAAACCUCUUUCGAAUGUUUCUGUAAUCGGUGUGUCCGCAAAGAUGUGUAAAUGAAUGAAGAUAUUUCUAAUAAAACAAACUCAUCUUUUGCCAUGGAGAGGUGCUAAUGUAUACAGUAAUAUUUCCAUGCAUCCAUUGUUUAUACCUGCUACAUCCGUUUCGGGGUCACAGAUGAACUAUGAACAGAGCCUAAAGGCCGUGUCACACAGCCACUACGUUUGCUUUGUGAAUAUUGCACCGAUUAAAAACUGUGAAAAUUCAAGGAAAAA